UCUGUUAGUCGUAGACAAAAAAAUUUAUAGAUAGAAUAUAAUGUUGUCAAAACCACCUGAAAGAUAGUGAAAUUCGGCUUAAUUUUAAAUUUAGAUCACGCUGCGUGCAAGUGAGAUGUGCUAGUCGAUAAGAUAAGAUGCUGGCCCUGGGCAGAACGGCCUCCUUGGGCGCCUUUUCCGCCACACCCUUCACCUGUCGCCUGGCAGUAGCCUCGAAGAAAACGAAAACAAAAACAAACGUACACAAACAAGGGCGAACAGAUGUUUCUCUCCUGUUACGCAACCUCGUCAAUUUGGCGCAAAAUUCAAUGACGCUUGCCAAAGCAGCGCCGGCGGCCGUGGGAAUAGCAACACGUGAAGUGACGGCACAUAGGCAGCAGCAGACAAGUAGGCGCUUCCACAGUUCUUCAGUCGGAAAAUCAAGGUAUUCGGCCAGCACCAUAAUGACUUCCUACCACAAGGAGCUACUCCUCAAGGACUACGAUAUAGUGGGCUUCGAUCUGGAUGGCACCCUCCUUCGCUACAAUCUCCGCGAGAUGUCUGCUAUGAUCUACCACGUUCUCAAGCAAUUCCUUGUAGAGCAAAAGGGCUAUGACAAGAAGCUACUGGCUCAGCCACUCAAUCUUGACUUUCUGCAGAAGGGAUUGUUUCUUGACGGACCUCGUGGCAAUGUCCUGAAACUCAGCAACGAAGCUCAGAUCCUGAAAGCCACUCAUGGCACUCGUCUUCUUAGUGACACGGAAGUCGAAUCCAUCUAUGGACCCGACCGAAGGUGGGAUAUUACCACCGCCUUCUACAGAGAUCCAUUGUCGACUUGGAAUGGCGCGGCCUCGACGCAAAUGCGAUCGCUGCUGGAUUUUUUCGAUAUGCCUAGUGCUUUGGUUUUUGCUCAGGCCGUGGACCAGGUAGAUAGGGAGCAAAAGCCACCGCCAGGGGAAGAGUAUCAGGUUUGGCAGGAUGUACAGGCUGGCCUGAUGAACAUCUAUAGUCGCGAGAACUUUGCUAACGAUCAGAGUCUGUAUUUCAAGAGGAUGCGGGCGGAACCCGAAAGAUAUGUACUCCAAACGGAUACCAGUGUUAUGAACUGGCUGGGCGAACUCCGGAAAUCGGGAAAGAAGCUGUUUUUGCUCACCGGAUCCAAUGUGGACUUUGCCAAUUUGACCGCCACGCAAGCACUAGGCAAGGACUGGCGAAAAUAUUUUGAUUUCGUGGUAACCUACGCCAAGAAACCCGGAUUUUUUACCAUACAGCGCCCUUUUAUGCAAGUGGAUGUCGAGCAACUAGCGGAGCUGCCGCAGGAGGCGGAGGAAAUAAAAGCGGGAGGCGUCUAUUCCCAGGGUAACUGGCACCAGCUGCAUGCGGCCAUGGCUAGUAUGAUGCAGAAGGAGCCGUCGAAAGCCAAGGCACUAUAUUUCGGUGACAACAUAAUCCAGGAUGUUUACACACCGGUCAAGCACCGCGACUUCGAUGCCGUUGCUAUAUCCGAGGAGCUGCUCCUGGACGAUGGUAAGUAUCCGUAUGCCGCUGAGUUGAAUUCCCAGUUGUGGGGCUCGUACUUCGCCCUGGACUGCACGCCGACCUUGUGGUCCAGUUUCAUCAGCACCUACGCCCAGUUGUGCGUGCCCUCGGUUGAGCAAGUGGCACAAACUUCCCCAGAGAAGCGAAUCAUUUGUUCCAAUCCCUACGGCUUUAGUCCGCGGCUACCUAAGGAGCUGGAGACAGUUCAGCUGGAGAGCUGCUGGAGGGGAUGAGUGAGUCUGCCUUGCUAUCACCUUCCUGGAGACAAUAAACGACAUGCGACCUCAAGGCGCAGUAAAUCCGAUAACGCUUCUUUCAGCUGGAACCUCGUCAAAAUUCUUACGUACAAGAAAUUGUAUUUGCUAUCAGCAAUAAAAACGCGAACUUCUGAAUUAUUCAAUUAGCAUCUACAUUGCAUGCCAUAGCUAUAAGGUUUUUAAAAAUUCAAGGAGAUUUGUAAUGCAUAAAAAAGGUAUUAUUUGAACACUUUAGUGAAUUGUGACUAGCGGAAAUUUUACAAAAAGUUUAUAAUUUCUCAGUAUUUGAGGUAUUCAGGCCUUAUCUCAUUUCAGUUUAGGUAUUAUUCCGAAGUCCAAAUUAAAGGCCGAUAAAACUAUGUGCACAAAUAUUGAAUAUGUUUCAACUGAUAACCAACUAUGAAAAGCAUUAAAAAGUUUUCUAAUCAAACGGAUUAUACAUUUUAAAAUACUUUAGCCCAAUUUAUUGCAUAAGUUAACCAUAAAAUGCUUGAUAACUAACUAGUUUUUCAAUAACUACGAUGUAUUUUAAAGUGAUGCCUUGGCCUAUUUGACUAAAUAGUUAAUGAUGACAAUGUAUAAAACUGUACUCAGACUCUCAAUUAGAUGCUAAUUUAAUUCACACUAUACAAAUUGUUGCAUAUGUACCAACAGAAACUAAAAGCAAAUAAAAUGGGUUGUGCAUCAUCAUAA